AUGGUCUUCUACCCGCCGUCGUGGACGAAAAAUGUCCCUCACAUCCCCGAUGAUGUCCCUAUUUGCGAUUUCAUGCUUCAAGAUCUCCACGGCCGCCAUCCACUAGGUUAUUCGCGGGACCCUUUCACUUGCGGUUUAACAAAGAAGUCUUACUCCGCACUCGAUGUUGUCGACAGGGUCGAUUACCUAUCCAGAUCCCUGGCGAAGGAGUUUGGCUGGCAGCCUAAUCAAGGCACUGAGUGGGACAAGGUUGUUGCAGUAUUCAGUGUCAACACAAUUGAUACUGUCCCAUUGGCAUGGGCAGUCCAUCGAUUGAAUGGCCUCGUCACCCCGGCAAAUGCAGCAUAUUCCGCCGAAGAGCUCACGCACCAACUGAGAGAUUCGGGGGCUAAAGCUCUUUUCACAUGUCUUCCGCUGCUGUCAACCGCGCUCCAGGCUGCAGCUAAGGCUGGCCUUCCAAAGGAGCGUAUUUACUUGUUGGAAGUACCUGAAAUCAUUCUAGGUGGCGCAAAGCCACCGGCUGAAUAUAAGACAGUUUCCUACUUUGUCGAAGAAGGGAAGUCUCUCCGAGCACUGGAGAGAACGAAAUGGAGUAGUGGGCAGGGUGCUCGACAGGUGGCAUUCCUCUGUUAUUCGAGUGGGACAUCUGGUUUGCCGAAAGGAGUUAUGAUUUCUCACCGUAAUGUGAUCUCAAACGUGCUUCAAAUCGCGACGUACGAGAGCGACUGGCGUGAAAGGUUGAUCGAACCGGGAAAUCAAUCUGCGUAUACAGAUAUUGUGCUCAACCUGUUGCCUCAGAGCCACAUCUAUGGUCUAGUUGUCAUCUGCCAUGCGGCUCCUUUCCGUGGAGAUCAGACUAUCGUACUGCCAAGGUUCGAUAUGAAGCAGUUCUUAUCUGCUAUUCAGGAUUUCCGUAUCUCCAGCCUGUUUCUGGUUCCACCAAUCAUUAUAAAUAUGCUUCGUAAUAAAGAACUCUGUAGUAAAUACGAUCUGAGCAAUGUGAAGGGUAUCUUUACUGGGGCCGCACCAUUGGGUGCGGAGACAGCUGCAGACUUACAAAAGCAAUACCCGAAGUGGCUGAUCAGACAGGGUUACGGCCUGACAGAAACAUGCACAGUCGUAUGCUCUACUCAUCCUGACCACAUCUUUCUUGGUUCUUCCGGCUGCCUACUUCCGGGUGUCGAGGCCCGUAUAGUGUCAGCAGAUGGAAAGGAGGUCACGGAAUAUGAUACACCUGGGGAAUUGUUGAUUCGCUCACCAAGUGUGGUGCUGGGUUAUCUCAACAACGAAAAGGCCACGAAAGAAACGUUCCAGAACGGAUGGAUGCACACAGGCGAUGAGGCGGUUAUCCGACCUAGUCCCAGUAAAGAGGAACACGUAUUCAUCGUUGACCGCAUCAAAGAACUGAUCAAAGUCAAGGGACUGCAAGUCGCGCCGGCGGAGCUGGAAGCUCACCUUCUCCUGCAUCCCGCGGUGUCAGACUGCACAGUGAUUGCCGUUCCCGAUGAUGCAGCUGGUGAGGUCCCCAAGGCAUUUAUAGUGAAGUCGUCCUCAGCAGGUAGUGAUGAUGCAACGACUGCUGCGUCCAUCGCCAAGCACGUCCAGGAUCAGAAGGCGCGUCACAAAUGGCUGAAGGGUGGAGUUGAGUUCAUCGAUGCUAUCCCAAAGAGCCCCAGCGGCAAGAUUCUUCGCCGUAUGCUUCGUGACAGAGAGAGGGAAUUACGGCGCAAAGCGGGUGAUCCUCAUCAUGAGGAAGAUGUGUACCUCGAUGCCGACGAAGCUGCGGAAGAAAUCGUCGCCGAUGAGGAUCAUCCUAUGGACUCGGAUGACGACGACCAGGAUGUAGUCUUCGAGGACCAGGAAAUCACACUGCAGAACGACUCUCUCGCGCAUUUCGACAAGCAUAACGACUCCAUUUUCUGUAUCGCCAACCACCCUGUUCACCCUUCGAUCGUCAUCACCGGUUCUGGAGAUGAUACCGGUUACGUCUUCGAUGCUACUCCCACGGACGAGAGGCCUCUCUUGCCACAAAGCUAUGAAUCGAACCCGCAGCCGAAAGGAGAGCGGAAGUCGCUAGAGCCGCUGGCGAAAAUGGAUGGACACACGGACUCCGUCAACGCUGUGGCAUUUACAGAGCCAAAGGGUGAAUAUGUCGUGACUGGCGGACUUGAUGGACGUCUGCGCGUCUGGCGCGACACGACGUCGCAGUUGACAGGACUCCAAUGGGCGUUUGUCGCGGAGGCGCAGGAAGUUGAGGAGAUCAACUGGAUUGCUGUUUGCCCUUAUCAGCAAGGAGAGGAGGAGACUCGCAACGUGAUCGCCCUGGGUGCAAAUGAUGGUAGCGCUUGGGUGUUCCGUAUUGACCACAACGACACCGCAUCCCCCAUUACGAUCAUCCAGAGUUUCUUCCAGCACACCGGUUCUUGUACUGCAGGUGCGUGGACCCCGGAUGGCAAGCUGCUUGCAACUGUUUCGGAGGACGGAACCUUCUAUGUCUACGAUGUCUUUGGUGCGGCUGCGGCAGCAGGCAUCUCUUCAUCUGCUGGAACCAGUGCUGUUGUCGGUAUGACCCCGGAAGACCAGCGUUUCGCUGUUGAGGGUGGCCUGUACUCUGUUGCCAUCGCCCCGACUGGUGCCUUCGCCGCUGUCGGCGGUGCAGAGGGUCAUAUCAAGGUUGUCGGCCUGCCCCGCCUGCCUUCGUCCACAUCUGCCGCCACAUCAAACAAGCCUUCCUCGAAAUCCAAGUCUAAGUCUUCUGCUGGAGGUUCCCAAGCAGCCGUCGGUGCCGGAGGUGCAGGCACUCUCCUUGCCUCUCUUCAGGCGCAGUCUGAGAGUAUCGAGACUCUGUCGUUCUCUGCACCACCUCUUACACUCCUUGCGGCCGGGUCCGUGGACGGUUCAAUUGCUCUCUUUGACACGGCACACCGGUUUGCCGUUCGUCGCCAUAUCAAAGAAGCCCACGAAGGUGCUGCUGUAGUAAAGGUGGAAUUUGUUCGCGAGGCAGCAUCUGGCCCCGCCUUAGUUCCCCGCCCGGGCCCUGCGGCGCUUACUGCUGGCCAAGGCCGAUCAUGGCUCCUCACGUCUGUCGGACUUGACGGUGUUGUUAGACGAUGGGAUACGCGGGGUGGCACAGCUGCGGCCGGCCAGGGACUUUUGAAGGAAUGGAGAGGCCACACGGGUCUCCUGGAAGGCCCAGAAGGAGAGCAGUCUGGAGGAAUCCUCGGUUUUGUGCAUGUCGGCGGCAAGCGGAUAGUGACCGCUGGAGAUGACGGAGUCGCCUUGGUUUUCGAGGAAUAG